CCACUGCGCGUCAGUGGCGUAUAAUUUUUCCUUGUUGUAAGAAAGUGAAAUUUUCCGAAAAACCAAAGAAAAUCGAGAAACAAAUUAACCACUAAAUCGAUCCAAGGACUUUCAAAUAUGUAUGCCGACGACGGGGGUGCCGAUCAGUACGAGGAUGACGACUCGGAGGAGAUAUCCUCGAAAUUGUGGCAGGAGGCCUGCUGGAUCGUUAUCAAUGCCUAUUUCGAUGAGAAAGGCCUGGUCCGUCAGCAAUUGGACAGUUUCGAUGAAUUUAUCGAGAUGUCGGUCCAGAGGAUCGUUGAAGACUCUCCUCAGAUCGACCUCCAGGCCGAGGCCCAACAUACAUCAGGGGAAAUCGAAAGCCCCAUUAGACAUCUUCUGAAAUUCGAACAAAUUUACUUAUCAAAACCGACCCACUGGGAGAAAGACGGUGCUCCUUCCCCAAUGAUGCCCAAUGAGGCUCGUUUGCGAAAUUUGACAUACUCAGCUCCCCUGUACGUUGAUAUUACGAAGACAAUUGUGAAGGAGGGAGAGGACCCUGUGGAGACACAGCACCAGAAGACCUUCAUCGGAAAAAUUCCAAUUAUGUUGAGAUCAAAGUACUGUUUACUGGCCAGUCUGUCAGAUCGUGAUCUGACGGAGUUGAAUGAGUGUCCUCUGGAUCCUGGAGGCUAUUUCAUCAUCAACGGCUCAGAAAAGGUGCUCAUUGCCCAGGAGAAGAUGGCGACCAACACAGUCUAUGUUUUCAGCAUGAAGGACGGAAAAUUUGCAUACAAAGCUGAGAUUCGUUCGUGUUUGGAGCACAGCUCUCGUCCCACCUCGACGUUGUGGAUUAACAUGAUGGCCAAGAGUGGAGCAAGCAUUAAAAAAUCGGCAAUUGGCCAGAGGAUCAUCGCUAUUCUUCCUUACGUGAAGCAGGAAAUUCCGAUUAUGAUAGUUUUUCGGGCACUGGGAUUUGUGGCUGAUAGGGAUAUCCUUGAGCACAUAAUUUAUGAUUUCGAUGAUCCUGAGAUGAUGGAGAUGGUGAAGCCUUCCCUUGAUGAAGCCUUUGUCGUUCAGGAGCAGAAUGUUGCGUUGAAUUUUAUUGGUACGAGAGGAGCUAAACCUGGUGUGACCAAGGAGAAGCGUAUUAAGUAUGCCAGAGAGAUUUUGCAGAAGGAAAUGUUGCCACAUGUGGGUAUCAGUGACUUUUGUGAAACGAAGAAGGCUUAUUUUCUGGGGUAUAUGGUUCAUCGUUUACUGUCGGCAGCUCUUGGUCGUAGAGAGCUCGACGAUCGUGAUCACUAUGGGAACAAACGUCUAGAUCUAGCUGGUCCAUUAUUAGCUUUUCUCUUCCGAGGCCUCUUCAAAAACCUCAUGAAAGAGGUCAGGAUGUACGCUCAGAAGUUCAUAGAUCGUGGUAAGGAUUUUAAUCUCGAGCUGGCGAUAAAAACAAAAAUUAUCACCGAUGGUCUGCGAUACUCGUUGGCCACUGGCAACUGGGGAGACCAGAAGAAGGCUCAUCAGGCUAGGGCUGGAGUAUCACAAGUAUUGAAUAGACUAACUUUUGCCUCCACCCUCUCUCAUUUGAGAAGAGUCAACUCGCCAAUCGGUCGCGAUGGAAAACUCGCCAAACCCAGACAGCUCCACAAUACCCUCUGGGGCAUGCUGUGCCCCGCUGAGACCCCAGAAGGAGCUGCUGUUGGUCUCGUGAAGAAUCUAGCACUCAUGGCGUAUAUCAGCGUAGGCUCUCAGCCCUCACCAAUUCUGGAGUUCUUGGAGGAGUGGUCCAUGGAGAAUCUCGAGGAAAUAGCCCCUAGUGCCAUCGCAGAUGCCACCAAAAUUUUUGUCAAUGGAUGUUGGGUAGGUAUUCACAGAGAUCCUGACCAGCUCAUGGCAACUCUGCGAAAACUUAGACGUCAGAUGGAUAUCAUUGUCUCAGAGGUAUCAAUGAUCAGAGACAUCAGGGACCGUGAGAUCAGGAUUCACACAGACGCUGGGAGGAUCAGUAGGCCCUUACUCAUCGUCGAAAAUCAGCAAUUGCUCUUGAAGAGAAGACACAUUGACAUGUUGAAGGAGAGGGACUACAAUAACGAUGGCUGGCAGGAGUUAGUGGGCUCUGGAGUGGUGGAGUAUAUCGACACUUUAGAAGAGGAGACUGUGAUGAUUGCAAUGUCCCCAGAGGACUUGAGACAGGAGAAGGAAUAUGCUUAUUGCACCACGUACACUCACUGUGAGAUUCACCCAGCCAUGAUCCUCGGGGUGUGUGCCUCGAUCAUCCCCUUUCCAGAUCACAACCAGAGCCCCAGAAACACUUAUCAAAGUGCUAUGGGUAAACAAGCCAUGGGUGUGUACAUCACUAAUUUCCACGUGAGGAUGGACACUCUCGCUCAUGUUCUUUACUAUCCCCACAAGCCUUUGGUUACAACUAGAUCCAUGGAGUAUCUCAGGUUCCGAGAACUACCAGCAGGCAUCAAUAGUAUUGUAGCCAUUCUCUGUUACACAGGUUACAACCAGGAAGACAGUGUCAUUCUCAACGCUAGUGCUGUUGAGAGAGGAUUCUUCAGGUCUGUUUUCUACCGAUCCUACAAGGACGCAGAAUCCAAGAGGAUUGGAGACCAAGAGGAGCAAUUUGAAAAACCAACACGACAAACUUGUCAAGGAAUGAGGAAUGCAAUUUACGAUAAGCUGGAUGAGGAUGGAAUAAUAGCCCCUGGAAUUCGAGUGUCCGGGGAUGAUGUGGUGAUCGGCAAGACGAUAACUCUUCCAGAGGCUGACGACGAGCUCGACAGCACCACAAAACGCUUCACCAAACGAGAUGCCUCUACUUUCCUCAGGAACAGUGAAACUGGAAUUGUUGACCAGGUAAUGCUGACAUUGAACAGCGAGGGGUACAAAUUCUGUAAGAUUCGCGUAAGGAGUGUGAGGAUUCCUCAGAUUGGGGAUAAGUUCGCCUCGAGGCAUGGACAGAAGGGUACGUGUGGAAUUCAGUACAGACAGGAGGAUAUGCCAUUCUCUUGUGAAGGCCUGACGCCGGAUAUUAUCAUCAAUCCCCACGCCAUUCCCUCUCGUAUGACCAUUGGUCACUUGAUCGAGUGCAUCCAGGGGAAAGUAUCUGCUAAUAAGGGAGAGAUUGGUGAUGCCACUCCGUUCAAUGAUGCGGUGAACGUGCAGAAAAUCUCAACUCUUCUUCAGGAGUACGGCUACCAGUUGAGGGGUAAUGAGGUGAUGUAUAAUGGGCACACUGGAAGAAAAAUCAAUGCUCAGGUAUUUUUGGGUCCAACUUAUUAUCAACGUCUGAAACAUAUGGUGGACGAUAAGAUUCACAGCAGGGCUAGGGGACCUGUGCAGAUCCUGGUGAGGCAACCUAUGGAGGGUCGUGCCAGGGAUGGAGGACUACGUUUUGGAGAGAUGGAACGAGAUUGUCAGAUAUCCCAUGGGGCCGCUCAAUUCCUCAGGGAGAGACUCUUCGAGGUCUCUGAUCCUUACAGAAUUCAUAUUUGCAAUUUUUGUGGACUUAUAGCUAUUGCCAAUCUGAGGAAUAAUACUUUCGAGUGUAAAGGAUGCAAGAAUAAGACUCAAAUCUCACAAGUGAGGUUGCCCUACGCUGCUAAACUGCUGUUCCAGGAAUUAAUGGCUAUGAAUAUCGCUCCUAGGCUGAUGGUGAAUUGAAUAUUCAGUGAACGUGCCGUUGUACAGUGAUUACGAACUAAUUCAUUUCUUUCUUCAAUUGAGGUGAGGAUUUUUGUAAUGCGAGGUCGACUAGAUUAAUUAAUUUUAUUUCGUUUGAGUAAUAAAAAUAAUUUUAAGAAU